UCAAACCCACCCUCACCUCUCCUCCCCCCAAAGCCUCUUUCCCCCCCACGAGGCCACAUCUGAUCCCAACGGCGACGAUACGUCUAAUCAAGACGACAACGCGAUCCAGAGAUUUCCAUCUCUCCAUACAAUCACACCAACGACGAUCAAUCAGUAAAACGACUAACGCAUCUCUCUUCCCGGCUUUCGCGGCGGCUGCUGAGGAAGGAAAAAAAAAAAACAAAGGCGAAGCUAUCAACACAGAGAGACGGCCCUAUCUCAGCGGCGAUUUCCACCCCAUACAGGCGAACUCGUUCCCGCACAGGGACGACGAAAAUUUUCUCAUCGACGACGCGAGACGCUACCACACAGAUUGGUCUGCGAACAUUUUCAAACAAACCGUCCAUCUGUCGCCGCCUUUUCUCCUCCACGCAGAAAGGCCUACAAGAGCUGAGAUCACUUCGCCACCCUAGAAGUGCAUCAUCCCCGUAAUUUGGGCAUCCUUUGUCUCUGGCCGCUGCAAAGUAUACCCCUGGUACUCUUGCCUGCCGCAGUCGCGAAUCACCCUCUCGGUAUCAGCGGGCCAUCUUUCUGGCUGGUGAGGAUAAAAGAUGGCGGACCAACAUGAGGUCGACCUUGACUCGAUAAUCGACCGUCUCCUCGAGGUUCGGGGCAGCCGUCCUGGCAAGCAGGUUCAGCUCCUCGAGGCUGAGAUUCGCUACCUGUGCACCAAGGCUCGCGAGAUCUUCAUCUCCCAGCCCAUCCUCCUUGAGCUGGAGGCCCCAAUCAAGAUCUGCGGCGACAUCCACGGACAAUAUUACGACCUGCUUCGUCUCUUUGAGUACGGCGGCUUCCCUCCCGAGGCCAACUACCUCUUCCUUGGUGACUACGUCGAUCGUGGCAAACAGUCUCUCGAGACCAUCUGCCUGUUGCUUGCCUACAAGAUCAAGUACCCCGAGAACUUCUUCAUCCUGCGCGGUAACCACGAAUGUGCCUCCAUCAACCGUAUCUACGGCUUUUACGACGAGUGCAAGCGCCGCUACAACAUCAAGCUAUGGAAGACAUUUACGGACUGCUUCAACUGCCUGCCUAUCGCCGCUAUCAUCGACGAGAAGAUUUUCACCAUGCACGGUGGUCUCAGCCCUGACCUGAACUCCAUGGAGCAGAUUCGCCGCGUCAUGCGACCCACCGACAUUCCCGACUGCGGUCUUCUCUGCGAUCUUUUGUGGUCUGAUCCCGACAAAGACAUCACGGGCUGGAGCGAAAACGACAGAGGUGUCUCCUUCACCUUCGGUCCCGAUGUUGUUUCCAGAUUCCUCCAGAAGCACGACAUGGAUCUGAUUUGCCGUGCCCAUCAAGUCGUGGAAGACGGCUACGAGUUCUUCUCUAAGCGUCAGCUGGUUACUCUCUUCAGCGCACCGAACUACUGCGGAGAGUUUGACAACGCCGGAGCGAUGAUGAGUGUGGACGAGAGCUUGCUCUGCUCCUUCCAGAUUCUGAAACCCGCUGAGAAGAAACAAAAGUUCGGCCGUCGUUAAUUAGCUUCCCGCCCAUCUCGACCGCACGACUCUUCCCCAUCGACGCGGGUCAUUCGCCCCGCCCCCGCUCUCCCACUUUCUGGAUUCCCUAGGGGUCUCUCUCCGUCAACUCUUCAACCUGUCCGAUUCUUCUCGAGCACACCCAUCCGAUCACAACCCGCGCAAACUGUUCACGAUUACGGCUGUCUGGUAGCUGAAGAUAAACACAAAAACACUGGAAUUUGCAAUGGCUACCACAACGUUUCACGUGUCUCUCUGUGCGGAACCCCAUGGUGGACAUGAACUCGCCUGGGGUCCAAUAAUGAGUGAUUUGAACGCAAUAGCGCACCCCAAGACACGAAGUUCGACGGUGGCUACUUUCGUCUUCACCGUUCACCAACCUGAGCAGUUGCAUAUCCCCCAAGACUGUUUCCUAUCCGACUUGUCUUCACGUCAGCUGGGUGGUGGUCUAUCGCGGUUGCGGGGACGUGACAGUGACCGCCCACUCUGUUCGUCUCGGUUUCUGAUGCUCGCCUUGGAGUCUCGGCCUUGGGGAUCUCUGCUGUGCCCCAGCUUAAGCACCGUGGCACCUGUAUGACUAUAAUUUCACGCGGAACGGGGAGAACUAAGCCGGGCCGGAGUUGGCAUUUUGGUGUCUAGGAGGGGAAGGAAGGUAUCACAUCGGCUGGGCAACAUGAGCCCAAUUCCUUUUUUUUUCUCUUCACUUUUUCUGGGAGAAAGGUCAUGGGCGGCCACUUUGACUUCUCUCUUGCUUGUACUUCUCACCACUGAUUUCGGUUUUUCUUUCUUAUGCUGGAAAGGCAUUUAUCUGGUCCGUCGACGGAGGGCAGGCACCAAGACAUCAGAUCCUGCGAUCAUUCCUUGGUAUAUUCCUAGGAUAAAAUGACGUCCGACAUCCUGAUCCAAGUCAACAGUCUAUGUAAACACAUGAACGACACCCACCACUCAAGGUAGAUUAGUGUAUUGCUUUCAUGGCCGGUGAAGACCGGCAGUGGUGAGCCUUCAAUUUGAAUGCUCCCCUUCU